GCUAUUCCUGUCUUCACUGCUGCAGACAUCUUGACUCUCUGCUCUUCAGAUCCACAUACUGACUUACACCACCAGUGACACGUGAGUGUUGGAGCUGAACAGGGUGGCCCUGGUGACUGAGAUGGCAUCCUCUCUAAAGGUCCUCGGCCCUGUCUUGGCCCUGCUGUUUCCCCUAUGUGGGCUGCUUAUACGCGGCCAGAACCUUUCCUGGAGGGAAUUCAUGCAGCAGCACUACCUGAGCACAAGCUGGAAAUUCAGUGACUACAAAUGCAAUGAUCUCAUGAGGGAAAGAGGAGCUCCCAAAGACAGAAACGAUCACAUCUUCAUCUAUACCUUUUGGCACAAAAUUGAGCAUAUAUGCCUUAGGAAGUGGAGAGAUCAUCACAGAAAUGUAUACAUAUGGGCCCAGCAUCCCUUCAAGAUCCUCAGGUGCUACCAGGAGAGUGAUAAAAAGAGCUACAGAGAGCAUACCAGCUACAGCUACAUUGAAUUUCACUGUGGCACAAACGGGUAUGUCGACAGCAUAGAGGACAUCCGAUUGUUAGACAUCAAAAAUUAGAAAGUCUACUCACACCUCUAGGUUUUAGUAGCGUGUCCAUUACUCCCCAUGUGGUAGCCCAAUGCCUACGACAACAGUGCUGGCUAUUCCUUCCUCUGCACGUAUGUGCCAAAGUUUUCUAACCACCGGAGUUAUGUAUUAAACGUUUCUUGAUAUCAAAA